UGAUUGUAAUGUGUCGCAUGCGCAGUGUGGUUUUAGACAUUUCUUCCUCACGUGGGUCGCAGCAGUGCAGUGGUCCGCUUUUAUGCUACUCUGUCAGACGAACAUUUUAUAAAGAUUUGAUAAAAUGCAGGCUUUCCGGAAAUUUCUUCCCAUGUUUGACCGUGUAUUGGUGGAGCGGUUAGCUGCAGAGACUGUGACAAAAGGAGGUAUCAUGAUUCCAGAAAAGUCUCAAGCCAAAGUGCUGCAGGCUACAGUGGUAGCAGUGGGACCAGGACACUCCAACAAGGACUUCUAUAACUGGCCUGAUGAGUCUUUUGAAGAGAUGGACAGCACUCUGGCAGUGCAACAGUAUAUUCAGCAGAACAUUCGCUCAGAUUGUUCUAAUAUAGAAAAGAUUAUGGAGCCCCCCGAGGGACAGGAUGAAGGAGUGUGGAAAUAUGAACAUCUCAGACAGUUCUGUUUGGAGCUCAAUGGCUUGGCCGUUAAACUGCAGAAUGAGUGUCAUCCGGACACAUGUACCCAGAUGACUGCCACUGAACAGUGGAUCUUUCUGUGUGCUGCUCAUAAGACUCCCAAAGAGUGUCCUGCCAUCGACUACACAAGGCACACCCUCGACGGAGCUGCAUGUCUUCUCAACAGCAACAAGUAUUUUCCCAGCCGUGUCAGCAUUAAGGAAUCAUCUGUGGCCAAACUGGGCUCUGUUUGCCGUCGGAUCUAUAGGAUUUUCUCCCACGCUUACUUUCACCAUCGCCAGAUUUUUGACAAGUAUGAGAAUGAGACGUUCUUGUGUCAUCGCUUCACUCGUUUCGUGAUGAAGUACAACCUCAUGUCUAAGGACAACCUCAUCGUGCCCAUCCUGGAAGAGGAAGUCCAGAGUGCCACUGCUGGGGAGAGUGAUGCCUGAGCUGUUUCUUGUGCACAACAUUUAAGCCUCUCACCCAGACAGCAGAGGCUUAAAACUUCAGUCAUUUGACUUUUGUUACUUUUCCACCUAAAUUUCAUUGUUACAGCUGUACCAAUCAAAAUGUAACAUCAACAGCUCCUUGUACAUAUCUCACUCCUCCAUGAACUCAAGUGUAAAUCCUGCUUAACCAGUAAGAAGUUCCUUUAUUUUUUUCCUCGACUAUAAACAAGUCUGGUGAUAUUCACCCUGUCUUUUCCCUUAUUAAGUUAUUAUGUGGGUGGAGGGUUCUAACCUGCCCACUGUCUUUUUUUUUUUUAAAUGAUCUAAAAUGUAUGGUAUUUUCAUCGUCAGUUGUUAAUAAAAGACUUGUACCUAACCUA